AUGGCAACAAUUGAUAAAGUUUGUAAGGAGGAAGCAAAUUCAUUCAUCCUUUUUGAUCCUGACAUAGUAAAAGGUCUUUACCGACGGGGACUGGUCUACUUUGAUGUGCCCGUGUAUUCUGAUGAUCGUUUUAAAGUUUCCAGGCUUGAAGGAUUUGUUUCAAACAGAGAGCAGUCCUAUGAAGAUCCAAUCGAGGAGUUGCUGUAUGCUGUUUUUGUGGUUUCAAGUGAGAAUUCAACUGUUGCUGAAUUGUCGGCAACAUUGCAGGCUGAUCUUUCUCAGCUGCAGGCUGCUGCAUCCUUUGCUUGUCGAUUGGGAUGGGCAGUAAAGUUGAUAGACCCUGCAUCGAUUCUUCAGGAAUCAAACCUACCUGGAUCUCCAAAAAGUACCAUCAGCGAUGGAGAAUAUGGUUCUCUUGCUAGUCUGGGCUCCGGAAACAUGUCCACUGAUGUAAGUACUGUUCAUCAAGGAGAUGUUUCAUGGACUGAAAACUAUGGCCCAGCUUCUGGUUACACUCGGAUUGCUUUUGUUGUGGAUGCUAAUAUAACAUCUUAUCUUAUGAUGGGGUCUGUUUCUCCAGGCUUAAAAUCUCAUGCUGUUACCUUAUAUGAAGCUGGAAAACUGGGCCAUGCUAGCAUUGAAGAUCUUUGUAAGGAUCUGAGUACGUUAGAGGGGACAAAAUUUGAGGGAGAACUGCAGGAAUUUGCUAAUCAUGCAUUUAGCCUGCGAUGUGUCCUUGAAUGUCUGACAUCAGGUGGAGUUGUUAAUGAUGAAAGAGAUGAGAUCGGCAUGAUAUCUUCAAGCAGCGAGGAGGCUACUUCUUUAUUAAACAAUGUUUCUCUGACUGACAAAUCAGGGUAUUUGUGUUUGAAUGAACCUGGGGUAAAUAGUGAUAACUCCACACAUUCAGCGACGCAUGAGGAGAAUUCUGACUUGGCUGAACCUGUCAGUGGAAGUACCGAUGGUGAGAAAUUAUCUGCUACUAUAUCUGAAGAGAGUAAUUGUUCAAAUGAGAAUUCUAAACCAGACCUUAAGCUCCAGAAUGAUGAGAAAUCCAUAUCUGCUGAAGGUUUAGAUGUAGGAAAAGGGAUGCCAAGUAGAACAAGAAAAUAUCGGGUGGAUAUUCUCCGAUGUGAAAGCCUGGCUGCGCUUUCACCAGCAACUUUAGAUCGGUUGUUUCUUCGGGACUAUGACAUGGUUGUGUCCAUGGUACCCCUUCCUCAUUCCUCAGUUCUGCCUGGACCCAAAGGUCCCAUUCAUUUUGGUCCUCCCUCUCACUCCUCAAUGACUCCCUGGAUGAAGUUAGUGUUAUAUUCAGAUGUGGCUAGUGGACCCCUAUCAGUUGUUCUGAUGAAGGGCCAGUGUUUGAGAUUGCUUCCUGCACCAUUGGCUGGCUGUGAGAAAGCCCUUUUAUGGUCUUGGGAUGGAUCUACAGUUGGGGGGCUUGGAGGCAAGUUUGAAGGGAGCUUAGUAAAAGGAAAUAUACUUCUACAUUGCUUGAACUCACUUCUUAAACACUCAGCGGUGCUGGUGCAGCCCUUCAGCAGGUAUGACCUUGAUAAGUCUGGAGGAAUCAUUACUAUGGAUAUUCCACUACCCUUGAAGAAUUCCGAUGGUUCAAUUGUUCAUAUAGGGGAGGAACUGGGACUGUGCACAGAAGAAAGUUCAAAGUUGAACUCUCUGUUAACCAAUCUGGCAAAUAAGAUAAAGCUGUGGACCAUUGGCUACAUCCGUGUAUUAAGACUUUUUAAAGAAAGAGAAUCUGAUCCCUUCUCUCCAGAUGAUGAGCAGUAUGAAUGGAUUCCAUUGAGUGUGGAAUUUGGAAUUCCAUUAUUUAGUCCAAAAUUAUGCAACAAUAUAUGCAGAAGAGUGGUUUCUUCACAAUUACUUCAAAUGAAUUUACUUACUGAACAUCAUGAUGCAAUGCAAGAUCUAAGGAAAAGAUUGCGUGAUGUUUGUGCUGAGUACCAGGCAAUCGGACCAACGGCAAGACUUCUCUACCAAAAAGAGCAACCAAAGGAUUCAUCCCGACAACUAAUGAACUAUGCGAGUGGAAGGUGGAACCCACUUGUCGACCCUUCAUCUCCCAUUUCUGGAGCCUCGACCGAGCAUCAGAGACUGAAACUUGCUAAUCGACAACGUUGCCGGACAGAAGUUCUCAGCUUUGAUGGUAACAUUUUGAGGUGUGUCUUAGAUCGUAUAGCUGAUGCUUUAUAUAUUUCACUUUGA